AUCAGUUACGGAUUACACUAUUAACUAAACAACUUUACAACAGCAUAAAGAUUUAAUCAAUUACAAUUAUGGUACGAAAAGCGUUUUCGCUCGGAUAGGUUAGUGACAUGCAACACCGCUCUUACCACUAUAAAUGGCUUCCGGUAAGGGUGUGAGUUCAACAGCUGAUGGAUAUACAAAAUUUGACAAUGACAACGAAAAUGUUCGGGAUACGUACUCGACAGAAAACAUCAAAAAUGGAUUUUCCCAAGCAAUUGAAGAUUUUCCCAACGAGAUAGGAAGCACAUCAAGCCUAAAUAGGGACGUCUCAGAAAGCUCUGUUGAGAUAAGCAACCGAUCAGUUGAAUCAGCAUUAGGUGUAGAACACCACUGGGAAAUGAAUUUCCACGAAGCUGCAAUAUUUUUGGAGGAAGGUGAAAAUAAUGAAAAAUUUGAUUCUCAUCCAUGUAAUCCCGAAGCUUUACCAGCAUAUCUUUUAGUUCACAACCGAUGGUAUUACGGACUUGAUAUGAUAAUGUCUCUAGUACUAUUAGCUCUUGCAUUUGUUGAAGAGCCAGCGGCAUCAGUAUUUAGGCUUCCAGUUGGAGUUCAUGGAUCUAUUGAGUUACUUGCUUUAAUAAUUAUUGGAGUGGAGCUCCUGCUGAAACUCCGGUGGAUUGGAUGGAGAACAAUACUUAAACACAAAAGAACCAUGAUAAAGUGUGUGACUUUGGGCAUCAUGUUUGUUGAAGCAGUAACAGUACUUGUACGCCAGUCAUCACAUUUUCGAGUCACGCGUGCCCUACGACCAAUCUUUCUUGUUGAUACUCGUCACUGCGGUGGUGUACGUCGAUUCAUACGUCAAAUCCUGCAGUCAUUGCCGCCAAUCCUUGAUAUGCUUGGCUUACUAUUGUUCUUUGUGACAACAUAUGCACUGCUUGGAUAUUUCUUGUUUUCUGAUGAUCCUCGUGAUCAACACUUUUCAACAUUGCAGGACAGUUUUGUUAGCAUGUUUGUCCUUCUGACAACAGCCAAUUUUCCAGAUGUGAUGAUGCCAGCAUACUCCAGAUCCAUGAUGUUCUGCAUUUUCUUCAUCUCAUACCUAUGCAUAGUGCUCUAUGUGUUGAUGAAUUUGAUGCUUGCUGUGGUUUACGAAACAUUUACUCGUGUUGAACGGGAGAAGUUCCGCAAGUUGCUGUUACACAAGCGCAAGGCUUGCCAGCAUGCAUUCCGCCUGCUGGUCGCUAAGCAGAACCCUCAUCGCAUGAGAUUCAGACAAUUUGAGGGACUCAUGCGCUACUACGCUCCCAAAAAGACGGUUCGAGAUGUAGUUCUCAUGUUUAAGUACCUGAACUCCUCAGGGAGUGGCACACUGUCUUUAGAAGAGUUCUACUCAGUGUAUGAUGCUGUUCUAUUGUGUUGGGAGCCACAAUUUUCACAGGCUCCUUGGUUUCACACAAGCUGGGCGCCUUUACAGAACUUAUGUCAACUCAUACACGACUUAGUUCUGUGGAAAUAUUUUGAACAUAUUAUCUAUGGCUUGAUUAUUUGUAACGGUAUUUCCAUGGCAAUACGUAUUACUGAGCUAACUACUGAUCUGGAAGAAUCAGCAUGUGCCUUUGCUGCUUCCUGGGAUACGAUACUGUUUGUAAGCCUGGGAUUAAUAGAGGCGCUGUUAAAGAUCCUGGGGCUAGGUGUAUCCCAAUAUUUCAGCUCUGGAUGGAAUUCAUUUGAUUUUUCUGUUACUCUGGCUACACUAUGCGCAGUUACACUUCUGACCAUGUUCCCUUGGAUGGUAGUUUUGACUUUCAUCCGCCCAUUACGACUGCUGCGACUUUUUAAACUGAAGAAACGUUAUCGUGACGUUUUUGGCACGCUCGUACUUCUAACGCCGCUGAUGUGUUCUACUGCCAUAGUCAUGCUUGUCCUGUAUUACUUCUUUGCCAUAAUUGGAAUGGAGCUCUUCGCUGGAUAUGAUAUGCGGAAUUGCUGUGUGAAUACUACAGUGGAAGACUUCUACAAGUACAGUGUCAAUGGAAGCACUGCACUGGGGUACUAUUACCUCAACACCUUUGAAAACCUGAUGAAAAGUUCAGUCACUCUUUUUGAGUUGACUGUGGUUAAUAAUUGGUUUAUUUUAAUGAAUGGAUAUGCAUCAGUUGCAUCGCCAUGGAGCCGCAUCUACUUCAUGCUGUUUUACCUGUCAACAAUGAUUGUCCUCACAAUAGUUGUGGCAUCUGUUCUCGAAGCAUUCCGUUUCCGUAUACAGUACAAGCGACAAACAACAAAACGUGAAGAGGAGAAAAUGCUACAUGAAGAGGUCGAUGUGAAGUGGGAAGAACUUCAGAUGUGGGUUCAAGAUUUCCAGCUACUAGAAAAGUUGCGUGCAGAUCUAGUCGUAGAUGGAACAGCAACUUACAUAGGAUGUCGUCCCCGUAACCGGGAAGUUUUGCAACGCCGAAUGUACCGUGCAGAAAUUGAAGAUUGGAUGCAUGAAGCUGAAAUGGUAGAACAGGCCCCAACUCCAGUGGAUGGCCGAAGUAAUGAUCAUGCUGAAGUUGUCAUGGGAGGCUAUCAGCAGAACGUGUCAAUCAACUCCUAAGUUAUGGAGAAAAUAUUUAUAUUGUGUUUCAUAAGGCUAUUUUUUAUGUAUCUAUCAUUUCAGUAUUUAAACACUAUCUGAAACAGAAGUAUUGUGUCAACUGUCAAAAUAUAAAUAACUAGAACAGAGCUCUGCUCCUACUGUUCCAACAGUGACAGUUGGUAACAUCUAUCCCUCUAGCUCACAUAGUGUUUCUUUAAUUUUUAACUAUAACAAACAGUAUUUUUGUGGCUUUUAGUUCCUCUGUAGCUUUUGUGUGUAAUCUUUUGUUAUAAGCUAUGCAUUCCUGUUAUUGUCAAAAUAGUAGCAGUGGUCAAUAUUCGGAAGUGUUUAUUAUUUUAUUUGUGACUGGUGGCCCCAAAAAAUGAAGUCACAGAAAACUUUUAUGUAACUCAGUAAAAUAUGAAAAUGACAUAGACUGAAAACUGUAAAGCUAGAUUGAAAACUGUAAAGCUCGCUCGUUAGUAAGACUAAACGAUAGCUGUACCAACACAUAGACUAAUAGACAAUGCAAAAUCCUACAAACAUUUCAGUAAAAGGCAAAAUAAAUUACUAAGAAACGUAAAUAAAAAAUAUUAAGAAGAUAAGAAAGAUCUGUAUAAAUGUGUUAGAGGAAUGUUAAGUUUUGUGGAAACAUUUUUGAAAGUACAUGUUGAAUUAAUGCACAGUAACACAGAUUUUCCUGUGAUGAGCAGUGAGUUGAAUAUGUCUUUUUGGAUAAUUUAGUAGAAAGACUUGCUGGUCUGAAAUGCAAGAUUCCCCUGGGACAAGCAGAUUAUAUGCCUUUAUCUGAUAAUUGUUUUAUUAUGUUGAUAAUGUUUAAAUGGUUUCCCUGAUGGUUUUAAUAAUUAUAUUUUGAUGCUUAUUAAUGUCAAAGCUUUAAUACUCUAUUUUCAUAGAAAUGAUACCAAAUGCUCAUAUUUAAAAUAUUUAUAAUUAUAAACUUAAAUUUGUUUCUUUUCAUUAAGUAUUAAAUACUUUGAAUGAGAUUAUUAUUGUAUAGGAAAGGUGUAUGUCAAGUUUUCUAAGACAGAACAUAUGAAAUAUUGCUGUCAAAACAGAAUUGCUUGUGGUAACACAACAUAUCUUCUUGAUUAAAUAUUAUUUCCUCUUUUUCCCAAUUUUUAAAUGAGCUCAAAUUUUCCUAUUUUUUAAAAUGAGCUCAAAUAAUUAUUUAAAUGGAGCAUUCACUCCUGAUAGUUCCAAUUAUUUCCCUUGUCCUCUCCAAACAAAAUAAAAAUUUUUAACUUGUUUCUUCCAUUGCACUUCUAUUAACUGUUCUUGCAUCCAAAGAUGAGUAACAUCCCCCUGUAACUGUCAUAUCAAUGUGCAGUUUUAUGGUAAACCUAUUUUAUAUUUUUAUUGUCAAUGCCAGUUUCAAAAAUUCCAUUGGGGGGAGGGUGGGGACAAACUGUCCUUUAAAAUUGGGUACUGUCAUUUAUAUUUUUCUCACAAUCAUUGUUCUGUCAUUUAUUUUCACAUUAUUGUCAGACUGCUUCCUGUUGGCAGCUGGAAGUGUCACAGAAGUAAAUAGUAGGUUAUUUUUAAUCUGAAUUUGUAUUCUUGUGCUACAAAUAUACUUACAUUUUUUGUAUUUAAUCGUUAAUCUGCUUCCUGCUGGCAGCUAGCAUUGUUACUGAAUGUUAUUUUAUUAAGAAUUUAUUGUUCUUAUGUUACAAAUAUUGUGUUUUUCAUACAUAUAUUAUGCACAGUUUUAUAAUACUGUAUAAUACUCUUAGUUACCAUUGUCAUAUUGUGAUAUAGUGGCUAUCAAAUCAAUAUUUAUUUAAUUACAUGUUUUAGAGAAAUUUUUGUUAUGGGACUUAAUAAUUAUAACAUUUUUGUUGAUGAGGGACUAAUAUUAGCUCCAAACUUUUAAAUAAUAAUUAAAUUUUAUAUAAACCUUAAUAUUUUUGUGUGCAUUAAUAGCAAUAUUUUUUGUGAUAGUAACAGAAAACUGUUCAUAUGUAAUGAGCACCUUAACUGGCUGUGUCGCUUAUUUGUAUGUGCAAGUUACGUCUUCUGAAAAUCUUUUAACAUUCCAGUUUCUAAAAUGAAUAUAGUGUUAACUGAUCAUCUCUUAUGUCUUUAGCCUUAUAUGUUCAAGUGUUAAUCUGAAAUGGAUAAACAUUUUUUUAUUAUUUUAGAGACUGUCCUAAUGCAAUAAUUUUGCUAAUAUUGAUACUAGAUCUCUCUUAGUUAUAGCUUGGUGGACUGUUUGGUCUGAAAACUGUAAUGGCCUCCAGUUGCGAGUAUACUUUGCACUCGCUUAUAAGUUUCAUUAUUUGCACCUUUGUUUAGCUUGUUCAAAGUACCAUGUCAGACAGUAUUAUGACAGUUAUCUCUAGAACAUUAUAUGAAUUAAGAGACAUGUAUGUCUCAUUUCUAUUUUGAACAGCUAUUAUGAGCUUCAACUGUGUAAAGAAAUACAGAUAUUAGCAUCAUUGUGACGGGACUGUAUAGCAGCAAUAUUAUAACUGGCUUUAGGGAUACAUCUAAAAAAUUCUGGGUAAAAGUGAGUGUGUGUGUGUGUGUGUGUGUGUGUGUGUGUGUGUGUGUGUGUGUGUGUGUGUGUGUGUGUGUGUGCGUGCGUGCGUGUGUGGAACACACAUGCACAUUUGUUUGUAGGGAGUCAGAGACAGCUAUUUGCAUAUUUACAAAUUUCAUAGCAUAACUUGAAGCAAUUUAUUUCAGCUAAAUACUAUGAGGAAGACUUGUAACAAUUAUACAUGGUGCUGACAUAUCUGGAUUUAUUCACUAUAAUAAGAUUUACUGUUAUUUUCAUGGUAUUAGACUGAUUAAGAAAUUGAUAAACUUAACUGAAAAAAAUAAAUAUUUCUGCAUAAAUGUGUGAUUUUUUAUGUAAUGUAUUAAUCAUUGAUCUCUACUCUCAGUCAGCAGCCUUGACCAACAAGAAUAAAUUUUUCUCCUUUUUGUAA